ACUCACAGAAGAUGAAAAAGAAAGCAGCAAACAACGAUUCUGAUUGGCAAAUGGUCAAUUCUGUCAACGUAAUCAAAAAUUUUGCAAUCACCGAGAAGGAGAGAACAAAACGACUCCUACGCGUAUCAGUUUUAGUUGAAAUUGUUUUAUUUUUAUUUGUUUAUUACUGAUUAGUGCGCCGGAAUCGUUCUGCUGGUGGAAUGGACACUUACCCGAACCGAACAACCGUUUGAUUCUAAUAAAGGAGACUGAAAGCUUGUCAAAAAUGGCCCCUAAACCCACUAACAGCAACCUGAAAUAUCUCAGCCUGAUCACGCUCACCCUGCAGAAUGCGAUCCUCGGUCUCAGCAUGCGUUACGCCCGGACCCGAUCCGGGCCGAUGUUUCUCAGCUCGACGGCCGUCGUAAUGGCCGAGGUGGUCAAACUGGCAACCAGUUUGGUGCUGGUUUUCCUAGAAGAAGGUAAAAGCCUACCGCGCUUCAAGGGUACCCUACACGCCACGAUCGUCAAGCAACCGCUCGACACGCUGAAGAUCUGUGUGCCUUCGUUUCUGUACAUUGUACAGAAUAAUUUGCUGUACGUGGCCGCGUCACAUCUGGAUGCGGCCACCUAUCAGGUUACGUACCAGCUGAAGAUUCUGACGACGGCCGUUUUUGCGGUGAUCAUACUGAGGAAGCGGCUACUGCCGACGCAGUGGGGUGCACUGGUGGCGCUGGUUAUCGGGGUGGCUAGUGUGCAGCUGGCGCAGACGGAUUCCGGGGGUGAGGCUGCCUCCCGGCAGCAGCAGAUGCCAGGGGAACCAGAUCAGAAUCGUUUGCUCGGAUUCGGGGCUGCUGUCGGUGCUUGCUUUUUAUCCGGCUUUGCCGGAAUUUUCUUCGAGAAGAUGCUUAAGGGGGCAGACAUUUCCAUCUGGAUGCGAAACAUUCAGCUCAGCUUGCUGAGUCUCCCGUUCGGGUUGUUGACCUGCGUCGUGAAUGAUGGCGCGAAGCUGACCGCCGAUGGGUUCUUUUUCGGGUACGACGGAUUUAUUUGCUAUCUGAUUGGACUGCAGGCUGGCGGGGGUUUGAUCGUGGCCGUGGUGGUCAAGUAUGCGGAUAAUAUUUUGAAAGGAUUCGCGACCUCGCUGGCCAUCAUUAUCUCCUGUGUGGCGUCGAUGUAUUUGUUUGAUUUCAACCUGACGUUGCAGUUUAGCGUCGGGGCCGCACUCGUGAUCGGAUCGAUUUUCCUGUACGGGUACGAUCCGAGCAGUAAGGCCGGUAAGCACAAAGUAAUUAAACUACACCCGGAUCCGGAUCAGGAGAGACUGCUAGCGGAGAAGGUUUAACACGGUGUGCCGGUCGGUCGAAGGUGUGCAAAAAGUAUUUUUCUUUUUAGACUUAAAUCGAAUAUUUUACUGUCGAUUGGGUUGAUAAUUCGAAUGCAAUUUAGAACAAAUAAGUCCUUGUUACUUAAGCAAACAGCGCGUUUAUUUAAA